GUGUGUGUGUAUUUGUGGUUGAAGAGGCUCGUCAGGCGUUGGACGCGGAGUGCCGUCGUCUAAUCGAUAGCCAAAUCAAUAGCACGCCUCGAGCAAAUGUACAAAAAAGAACAAGCGAAGAACAAAUAAACAUUUCAAGACCUUUGCCAAACUGAUAACUGGCAUCGAAAACCCUAGAGUCAUCGCACGAUACUCUCUUCACUCUCUCUCUCUCUCACUCUCUGCGAGUGUUGGGCUUCUCAAGGGAGUUACGACGCUUCUAGUUGCAAAAAGUUUAGCCAAGGCUACGCAUUGAGAGGCGGCCCAAAUGCUGCUGCUUCUGCUGCUGCGACGGGUUAUGAAAUUGAUACCGCGCUCCAAUAUAUGAUUGAAAUGCGCGGAAGUUUCCACUUGUCUUUGUCAAUUAGACAAGUGUGCACAACGUGCUCGGACGAACACUACAAAGCUGCCUGCUAACACGCAACAUUGCCACAGUCGUGCCCCAGACAGACAACAGCAACGUUAAAUCGAUAUAUGUACAACUAAAUUCACUCCUUAAUAAUUGCAAAUUGAUUAAGGAUCUCAACACACACACACAUCGAGACAAUAUGACGCAGGAGCAGGAGCAAUUGAUGCCGCCACCGCCGGCUUAUCAGCCAGGCAUGUCCAUCAUAUCGAAGGACAUUGAAAAGCAGCAGCUGCAACAACAGGAGAAGGAGAACAAGGAGAAUAAUAACAACAGCAAUACAAAGAAGAACAACAAAAAGAGUGGUCGCAAAGAAAGCCUGCUGCCGUUGGGUGAACGCCAUUUGGCCGUGUUGCGCCAGGAGCUGAUGGUGCUGCUCGGAAAUACCGGAGUUCUCGGAUCCGGCAUGGUUGUCAGCAUGCCCUCGGUGACCCUCAACCAGCUGACAGACCCCACGCAGCCCUUCUUCUUAGACAAGGAUGAGGCCAGUUGGUUUGCUUCCUUUCAGAAUAUUGCCUGUCCGCUGGGCGGACUUUUGGUGAGCUUCUUUCUGGAUCGCAUUGGACGCAAACGCACAAUUCUAUUGACGAAUCUGAUGGGUCUCAUUGGCUGGAUACUGCUAGCGACAAGUUUUCUGCACGACAGUCACAAUUAUAUCUACGCUCAGAUGUUGGUGGGACGCGCCUUUGGAGGCAUUAUGAUUGGCAUGUUUGUCUCCCCCGUUGGCGUCUAUUCCGCCGAGAUUAGUUUACCGCGCAUUCGAGGACGUCUCAUAUUGGGCACCUCGAUAGGCUUGGCCUCGGGCAUUCUGCUGAUGUAUUUGCUUGGCUUUUUCAUACGUCACAAUUUCGUGCUGAUUAGUUGCAUUAGUUGCGCUUAUCAGUUGGUCGCUAUUCUGCUGGUGAUGCCCAUGCCGGAGUCGCCCAGUUGGUUGCUCCAGAAGGGCAAGAACGAAAAGGCACGCCGCUCCCUGCGCUACUUCCGUGGACUGCGACGCAAAGGCGAAGACUGCGUGCCGGAAUUCGAGGCUGAGCUCACCCAGAUGAAGAUGACAGCGGACAACAGUCGGGCGACAGCAGCCAGCGAGUCCAUAGGCCAAGCUAUUCGUCGCCCCGAAGUCUACAAGCCACUGUUCAUGAUGACCGGUUUCUUUGGCUUCCAGCAGGCUUGCGGCGUUGUUGUGAUCAUUGUGUAUGCGGUGCAGAUAGCCCAACACGCUGGCGUCUCCAUCGAUCCGGUGCUCGUGGCCGUCAUGCUGGGCGUGGCACGCAUCAUUACCACCUUCUUUAUGACCUCCAUUUUCGAGAAAUGGGGUCGUCGUCCCUCGGGUAUCUUCUCCGCCAGUGGCAUGGCUGUUUGCAUGUUGCUGCUGGCCUGUGGCGGUUGGUUCCCCGACACCAUGGGCACUUGGAAGUGGCUGCCAGUGUUUUGCAUUGUCGCACACAUUGUGUUCUCCACGAUGGGUAUGCUGACGCUGCCGUUCAUCAUGAUAUCCGAGGUGUUUCCACAGAGCGUUCGAGGAAGUGCCUCGGGCAUUUCGGUGUUCUUUGGCAUGAUCUUGGCGUUCGUGAUGCUCAAAAUCUAUCCGAACAUGAUGGCUUGGUUGGGUGUCGCCAAUCUCUUUGCCUUCUAUGCCUUCGUCUCGUUCUUGGCCGCCGCUUUCAUCUAUAGCUUUGUUCCGGAGACCAAGGGACGCACCUUGGUCGAGAUUGAGGAACACUGGCGCAUGGGCAGGCGGGGACGAAGGGAGGCGCGUGCCUCGGCGGCGGCUGCUAUGAGCAGUCUAAAUCUAAAGGAGGUCGAGCUGAAAGAGAUCUUCCUCAAGAAAUAAGUGAGCGUAGCGCACGAAUGCUAUCUGUGAUGUGUUAAGUACUUAGCCUUAGCCAAAUGGAAUGCGGCAUUUUCUAUGGCAAAAAAAAAAACUAUAUAAAAAUACUAUAAUCAAAUUAACAAGCUAAAUAAAUACAAAUAAAGAAAAAAAAAAAAA